AUGGGGGGGCGCUGCCGGGGAGCAGGAGGCACGGGAAGCGCGCCGAUGGGGGGAUUCGCUGGGGGGAUGGGGGGUGCGCUGUCUAGCUGGGGAGCUAGGCGCGCGGGGAUCAACCCGCCGCGGCUGCAGGUGGAGGUUCACGCGGAAGAAGAGGAGGGGGAGGGGGAGGGGGAGGAGGGGAAUGUGUAUGUGGUAGAUGAGGAGGAGGACGAGGGGGAGGAGGGGGGUUCGAAGGACGCACUGUCCCCACUACCAGGAGCAGAGGGGAGAACGACAAAAUCGCCCGCCCACAGCGGGGAAGAGCAAAUCGCCUCUCAAGUCCCGGAUAGCCGCAGUGGCGCGGACCUUAAAGCACGGGCUGCACAGCCCCGCGGCUGGCGCCAUGGGGGGAAUCGGAGGCAGCCGCAGGCACAGGCGCGCAAUUUCGGUGGAUUUCAACCAGGCGCCGGUGUUCACCGCGGCUUCCCCCGUGGGGGGCCGGCGGAAGGGGCGGAGCCAGAAGAGGGGGAUCUCUCGCUGUCCCUCUCCCCCCCCCACGCGCUAUACGCCUCUGGCGGCGCGGACCCCGUGUUUGACGCUAUGUCUCCCCGCCUGCUCACCCCCAAGGGUUUCAGCACUGGGUUCGGCGCCGCUGCUGGCCCCGGGCCUGCUGGCUCGGGGCUGCUAGGCGGAUGGGGAGCGGGGGUGGGCGGGCCAAUUCUUCCUCCGCGCAGCCCUUUAACCAUGGGGGGAGGGGGCAGCGGGGCGUGGGGGGAUAAUUUUAACAUAGGGGAAUUUACCCCUUCUGCUUUGCAAUCACCCAAGCCCCCGCGCUCGCCUUUCCACAACGAAUUCUCUCAAGACAGGGCAGCAGCCGCUGCCGCCGCCUCCGCCGCGGGGAGCGCUGCUGCUGCUGCUGGCGCAGGCCAGCUGCCCCUCACGCCUGGGCGGAACCGUGCGCUGGUAGCUGCGCGCGGAGGCGGGGGAGGCGGAGGGGCGCUGAUGCGGGGCAGCGCGCGGGAGCGGCCGUCCCCUGAAAUGGACGAGGAGGACGACGUGUGGGGCGCUGCUGCUGCAGUAACAGGGGGAGCAGGGGGGGCAGGGGGGGGCAGGGGGGGGGGUCUGGGCGGGGGGGGUGGCGGGAAAGACGCGGAGAGGAGCGGGUCGGGGGCGGGGAUGGGCGCGGGGCGGGGGGGCAUGGGACGUAUGGGCGCUACCGCUACCGCUGCUGCUGCUGCUGGUGCUCAUGCUGCUGGUGGUGCGCGCAGCAGUGGCGGGGCACUGGCAGCGGCGGCAGGGGGGGAGUACACUGCCUCUGGCCCCAGCGGUAGGCUCAGGGCAGCAGCGUGGGGGAGAAUGAGAGCGGAUGGGGGAAGGAGGGACGAGAGGGCGGCGGGCGUGGGUGGGUGGGAAGGGGGAGACGGGGAAGGGGGGGAGGAGGGGGAAGGGGGGGAGCGAGAGCCGCAGCAGCAGCAGUGGCAGAGGAGGCAGGGGAGAGGGCAGGCGGCUGGUGGUGCUGGUGGUGGCGGUGGUGUGGGUGGGUGGGGGGGAGACAUCAUUGGCAGUAGCAGCAGCAGCAGCGACGCUAUUGCUACCAACCCUGCCAGUUCUGCUGCUGCUAAUGCCAGCACCGGCGGCGGCGGGGGUAGUAGCAGCAGCGGGGACAGUGGCACAGGGGCACGCAGGGCAGAGGGGGGAAGGGGUGCGGAGGGCAGGCAGCGUGGGGGGGGUCGGGGGGGGAAGGGCCAGGCGGGGGGGGAGGGGAUGCGGGAGGGGGGAGGUGGGGGAGUGGGGGAUGGAAUGCGGGUGGAGAGGCGGAACACAGUGGAUCCCCAUGCAGAGCAGUUUCUCAAGAGCCUGAGUCAGUACAUCAGCCGGGGGCUUACUGGGGAGCUGGGGCCGUAUGGAGGCGAGGGGGAGGGCGAGAAGGGCGAUGCGGAAGCCGACAUGUGGCAGGCACAAGGCGAAGAGCCUGAGUCAGUACAUCAGCAGGGGGCUUACUGGGGAGCUGGGCCGUAUGGAGGCGAGGGGGAGGGCGAGAAGGGGGAUGCGGAAGCCGACAUGUGGCAGGCACAAGGGGAAGAUCCUGAGUCAGGACAUCAGCCGGGGCUCACGGGGGAGCUGGGGCCGUAUGGAGGCGAGGGGGAGGGCGAGAAGGGGGACGCUGAAGCCGACAUGUGGCAGGUGAUGAGCUCUGGCAGCAUGCGGUGGCGGGAUUUUAUCCUGCGCAUGCCGUACGAUGACGUGAAGAAGUUCUACUCGGUCAGCGCCACCAAGAUCGGCAGCGGGCGGUACGGCGUCAUUCGCACGUGUCUGAGCCGCAAGACUCGUGUGGUGCUGGCGUGCAAGACGAUAAGGAAGGACCAAGUCAAGUGCAUGGAGGACGCGGAGGACGUGCGCACAGAGGUGAUCAUUCUGGGCAUGCUGCGCAACCACCCGGGCAUCAUCAGCCUGCACGACGCAUUUGAGGAUGCAAAGUAUGUACAUCUCAUCAUGGAGAUGUGUCGGGGUGGGGAUCUAUUCGACCGGGUGAAGCUGCGGGGGCAGUUCAAGGAAACCGACGCGGCCAUCGUGUGCCGCUCUCUCGUUGAAGCGCUGCUGCACUGCCACUCCAACGGGGUGAUUCACCGCGAUGUGAAGCCCGAGAACGUGCUCAUGUGUGACAAGGACGUGGACACCAAGAUCAAGCUCAUUGACUUUGGUGUUGCCACAUUCUACAAGCGAGGCGUCCCCUGCACAGAAAGAGCAGGCACAGUGGAGUACACUGCUCCAGAGGUGCUGGAUAAGAGCUACGGGCCAGAGUGCGACAUCUGGAGCGCGGGCACAGUAGAGUACACAGCACCAGAGGUGCUGGAUAAGAGCUACGGGCCAGAGUGCGACAUCUGGAGUGCAGGAGUCGUCCUUUAUAUCCUCCUCUGCGGCUUCCCGCCGUUCUGGGCGGCGACCAACGCUGAGCUGGAGCAGAGCGUGCGGGCGGCGGCGGUCGACUUCCGCCACCCGCGCUGGGCGGCGGUGUCGGACGGCGCCAAGGACCUCGUGAAGAGGAUGCUGACGAAGGACGUGAGGCGGAGGAUCUCCGCUCUUGAGAUAUUCGGUGGGUCCGGUGGGGAGGGCUGCGGGCUAGUUGUGUGCGAAAGAGUGGUUGUGUAG